CAGCUAUUUUCUGAGACCUACUAUGUGCUAGCCUGUGCCAGGCACUGGAGACACAGGCGGAAAAGUGCAAAUUGUUUCCUGCUUUUGUGGUGCUCCUUCCCCUCUCUCACAGAGGUAUGUCAUGCGCAGACCAGCAGAGGGCUCCAUGAGGAUUUAUAGAAGAUGCCCCGCGUCUCGGCGCCUUUGGUGCUGCUUCCUGCGUGGCUCGUGAUGGUCGCCUGCAGCCCCCACUCCCUGAGGAUUGCUGCUAUCUUGGAUGACCCCAUGGAAUGCAGCAGAGGGGAGAGGCUCUCCAUCACCCUGGCCAAGAACCGCAUCAACCGCGCUCCUGAGAGGCUGGGCAAGGCCAAGGUCGAAGUGGACAUCUUUGAGCUGCUCAGAGACAGCGAGUACGAGACUGCAGAAACCAUGUGUCAGAUCCUCCCCAAGGGAGUAGUUGCUGUCCUGGGACCGUCGUCCAGCCCUGCCUCCACUUCCAUCAUCAGCAACAUCUGUGGGGAGAAGGAGGUCCCUCAUUUCAAAGUGGCCCCGGAGGAGUUUGUCAAGUUCCAGUUCCAGAGGUUCACCACCCUGAACCUGCACCCCAGCAACACGGACAUCAGCGUGGCUGUGGCUGGGAUCCUGAACUUCUUCAACUGCACCACCGCCUGCCUCAUCUGUGCCAAAGCAGAAUGCCUUUUAAACCUAGAGAAGCUGCUCCGGCAAUUCCUGAUCUCCAAGGACACACUCUCUGUCAGGAUGCUGGAUGAUACCCGGGACCCAACCCCCCUCCUCAAGGAGAUCCGGGACGACAAGACAGCCACCAUCAUCAUCCAUGCCAACGCCUCCAUGUCCCACACUAUUCUCCUGAAGGCAGCUGAACUAGGGAUGGUGUCAGCCUAUUACACAUACAUCUUCACUAAUCUGGAGUUCUCACUCCAGCGAAUGGACAGCCUUGUGGAUGAUCGUGUCAACAUCCUAGGAUUUUCCAUUUUCAACCAAUCCCAUGCUUUUUUCCAAGAGUUUGCCCAGAGCCUCAACCAGUCCUGGCAAGAGAACUGUGACCACGUGCCCUUCACAGGGCCUGCGCUGUCCUCGGCCCUGCUCUUUGAUGCUGUCUAUGCCGUGGUGACAGCAGUACAGGAGCUGAAUCGGAGCCAGGAGAUGGGUGUGAAGCCCCUGUCCUGUGGCUCCGCCCAGAUCUGGCAGCAUGGCACCAGCCUCAUGAACUACCUGCGCAUGGUAGAAUUGGAAGGUCUCACCGGCCACAUUGAAUUCAACAGCAAAGGCCAGAGGUCCAACUAUGCCUUGAAAAUCUUGCAGUUCACAAGGAAUGGUUUCCGGCAGAUUGGCCAGUGGCAUGUGGCAGAAGGCCUCAGCAUGGACAGCCGCCUCUACGCCUCAAACAUCUCUGACAGCCUGUUCAACACCACCCUGGUUGUCACCACCAUCCUGGAAAACCCGUACUUAAUGCUGAAGGGGAACCACCAGGAGAUGGAAGGCAAUGACCGCUACGAAGGCUUCUGCGUGGACAUGCUCAAGGAGCUGGCUGAGAUCCUCCGGUUCAACUACAAGAUACGCCUGGUCGGGGAUGGUGUGUACGGUGUGCCGGAGGCCAAUGGCACCUGGACGGGCAUGGUCGGGGAGCUGAUUGCUCGGAAAGCAGAUCUGGCUGUGGCAGGCCUCACUAUUACAGCAGAGCGCGAGAAAGUGAUUGAUUUCUCUAAGCCAUUCAUGACGCUGGGAAUUAGCAUUCUUUACCGAGUUCAUAUGGGACGCAGACCGGGCUAUUUCUCCUUCCUGGACCCCUUUUCUCCAGGCGUCUGGCUCUUCAUGCUUCUCGCCUAUCUGGCUGUCAGCUGUGUCCUCUUCCUCGUGGCUCGGCUGACACCCUACGAGUGGUAUAGCCCUCACCCGUGCGCCCAGGGCCGAUGCAACCUGCUAGUGAACCAGUACUCCCUCGGCAACAGCCUCUGGUUUCCAGUUGGGGGCUUCAUGCAGCAGGGCUCUACCAUCGCCCCUCGCGCCUUAUCCACCCGCUGUGUCAGUGGAGUCUGGUGGGCGUUCACACUGAUUAUUAUCUCAUCCUACACGGCCAACCUGGCAGCCUUUCUGACUGUGCAGCGUAUGGAUGUGCCCAUUGAGUCAGUGGAUGACCUGGCUGACCAGACUGCCAUUGAAUAUGGCACAAUUCAUGGAGGCUCCAGCAUGACCUUCUUCCAAAAUUCCCGCUACCAGACCUAUCAACGCAUGUGGAAUUACAUGUACUCCAAGCAGCCAAGUGUAUUUGUGAAGAGCACAGAGGAGGGAAUUGCCAGGGUGUUGAACUCCAACUACGCCUUUCUGCUGGAGUCCACCAUGAAUGAGUAUUAUCGGCAGCGAAACUGCAACCUCACUCAGAUUGGGGGCCUGCUGGACACCAAGGGCUAUGGGAUUGGCAUGCCAGUCGGUUCAGUUUUCCGGGAUGAAUUUGACCUGGCCAUUCUCCAACUACAGGAGAACAAUCGCCUUGAAAUCCUGAAGCGCAAGUGGUGGGAAGGGGGGAAGUGUCCCAAGGAGGAAGAUCACAGAGCUAAAGGUCUGGGAAUGGAGAAUAUUGGUGGAAUCUUUGUGGUUCUUAUUUGUGGCUUAAUUGUGGCCAUUUUUAUGGCAAUGUUGGAGUUUUUAUGGACUCUCAGACACUCAGAAGCAACUGAGGUGUCCGUCUGCCAGGAGAUGGUGACCGAGCUGCGCAGCAUCAUCCUGUGUCAGGACAGUAUCCACCCUCGCCGGCGGCGCGCUGGGGUCCCACAGCCCCGGCCACCCAUCCCUGAGGAGCGGAGGCCUCGGGGCACCGUGACACUCAGCAAUGGGAAGCUGUGUGGGGCUGGGGAGCCGGACCAGCUGGCGCAGAGACUGGCCCAGGAGGCAGCCCUGGUGGCCCGCGGGUGCACGCACAUCCGUGUCUGCCCUGAGUGUCGCCGCUUUCAGGGCCUUCGAGCACGACCGUCCCCGGCCCGAAGCGAAGAGAGCCUGGAGUGGGAGAAGACAACCAACAGCAGCGAGCCGGAGUAGAGGUGGCCACCGACUCGGAGCCAGGUGGGGAGGUGGGAGGGCGGCCAUGCUUCUCUCCGGUUUUGGGAUUCAGUCACUUUACGAAAGGCGGUCCAAGAGCCUGACGCCCCAGCCAGAGACACACAGUGCUCGGUCUGGGAUUGGGGCCAUCCCAGAGGUUGCACCCAGGUGGCAAAGGGAUGCUGUCUCUCGUGGGCACAGGACCCAUCUCCUCCCAGUGGGCUUUUCCCUUCCAAAUAACAGAGUCUGGGGUGGGGGGCCCUGCCCAGACCAGUCCAAGGAAUUGAUGGACUCAUCAGCUGAACUUACACCCCUAGGAAGGGGCCAUUGUUCGUACCCUGGGUCUAGUUCUUACAGGAAAAAAAAAAAUUAAACUCAACAGGGAAGUUUUUCUUUUCUGGAUUUGU